AUGGAGCACAGUCCACAUUUAACAAGCCUUAUUGCUUCAUGGCUGACCUCCAGUUUAUUUGCUAAGGAUCAGGGCAAAGUCAAGAAGGGAAACAAAGAGGAAACACUGAAAGGUUGGCGAGAUUUCAAGAGAGAAGUAGAAGACGGAAAGAAGGUGCUUUUUCUUCUGAAAAGUUCCCUGGGUCACCAUCAUGACACCAUCUGCAUUCGUCAACGGUAUCCAGAGCCCACCUGCGAUGUAUGUAAGAGGGCAUCUGAAGUUGCUGAAAUCAAUCAACCGAGAUACCUAGUUUUGGAAGAAUGCACCCAGAAGCAAGAUGGUAUCAAGAAUAUGACCUUAUCCACUUCAUCACACUCCAAAGAUGAGCAAGCAUAUAUUUCUGUUAAUGUGUCAGAGACCCAUCUCUCAGGACAUACUGCUAGCCAGCACACAGAGGCCGAUAGACUCUCUUUCCUUGCUCUUAACAUUCAGGAACAUUUGGAGAAACACUUAAAAAAGAGAGCCUCUUUCCAGAUUUUAGACAAAGAAAAGGAUACAAGACUAAUUUACCACCAAAUUUGGACAGAAUGCACACAAGCAUCAUCAGAUAAGUCUCUGAAGUCACAUGAUGCACAAGAUACUGGAGAUUCUAGAACUGACUACAACUCAGAAAGCAAAACUGAGCAGAUGAGCACAAGUCAGCAGCUUCUAUAUAUAACAUCAUUUAAAGAUAAUAUGCAGCAGAAGAACAGCCAACUCUUCUGGGGUCUUCCCUCUCUGCACAGUGAAUCCCUCGUGGCUACCGUUUUGAUUCCUAGUAGAAACUCCCCACUAGAUACAAAUUUUGUCUAUUUCAAUGGAAUCUGCAAUACUCCCAUGGUUCAAAAGAGAGAUCAAGAAUAUACACCAACAAUUCCUUAUUGCCAUCCUCUUCCCCUGUCCAAAGUAUAUCCUAAUUCCUUUGCUUCACCCAAGUAUCAAGCCCAGCACCUCCAUUUCACUCAUCCUUAUGUCCAACCCCAGACCCACCUUCAAUCUGAACUCCCAAUCCUACCAUCUUCUUUUCUACCUCAGACUAGGAACAGUGGAGUGUCAUUCCAUAGAGGCCAAAAUGAGCCAGACUCUCGUAUCACAAGUGAAAAUAAAAACCUAGAAAGGAAUGUGUUUCAGAGGCAACAGGAAAGAUUAUGGGGUUUACUACCUGGGUUCAAGAAACCUCAAGGAAUAGUUUACCCACAAACUCCCAAUAUUCCACUGGUCAACCAGUCAUCCAAGGUCUAUGUACCAAUCUCUCUCCUUAAUGGCCAUUUUCAUAUCACCAGUGACCCUCAGUCCAACCUCACACCCCAUCAUCCAGGGCGGUUCAUCUCUCCCUGGUGCCUACAUACUUAUAGGAACCCAGAGUCUCAAGCAGUGAUGGAUCCUAAGUAUACAGCAGCAGAAACAGCUCAGUACAAUGCUAGACAUCCUUACUCACAGUUCUCUGAGCUUCGAGGUCAGAAUCAUAAGGAUCUAACAAACACGGAAUGGGAUCUCCUAGGAAGUGUUAACAAGAGGAUUCCAAUAAAACCUCAACUGCAAAAUGAUGGAAGGAGAAAUCUAUGCCACAUCCUUGGGAAGAGUCCAGAGGAGGGUCCACAAAGAAUCUCAGGAUGCUACGUAAAAGAGGCCCUGGGAACUGGCUCUGAGACAAAAAACUAUUGUAUGUAUCACACAAGAAGUCACUCAGGGAAUGGAUUACUUAAUGUCUUCAGGAAGGACAUAGGCAGCAAUCAUGUGAAAACCAUUCUUCGAUUGCAUCUGAGCAGGAAGUUUUGGCAGAUGACCAUGGGGAGGAUCCCUAUAUGUGUUUGUCGUUCAUGGCUGGCUGAUGGCAGCACAUUGUCCUCUGGGUCUCCCCAGGUCAAUACGGGAAAUACAAAACAGGGAAACACAAAGGGAGAUAGGGACUACUGCCAGAUUACCACCUCAGAACCUUCUUUUCUUGAUUCUAAUACCCGGCAGAUGCUAGAAUCACACAUUAUAAGGUUUCGGGCAAGUCAGAGAUGGGGCAUACCACUGAAAGCUGUGAAAUCCAUCAAAUUAUAUAUGUCAAGAGAAGCUAAAACAUGGCCUCUUCCACAGUUUGAAGUUCCCUCCUCAUCUUCUCCUGUUUCGGGACUGGUUUCCAAAGCAGAGGCUUCUAAGCCCCUUGAAAAUUGCUCUCAAACUUUUCAGGGAAACCAAAUCAGAAAAAUAAAUUCCAUCUCCAGUUUAGAUUGUAGUAUCCCUGCUCCAUUAUCUGAAGACCAUGAAAGAUGGGAGACCCCGGAAAUUUCGCCCUCUGAUACCAACAAUGAGUUUGUAGUAGAUUUUCAGGGAAUGAGUAUUGCUGGGCAGACCAUUCUGCCUGUCACACACAGCAGCAUAGACAAAGUGAGUGAGAGAGAAAUGGACCAUACCUGUGAAGUAGAGGUACCCAUAAUGCCCAAUGGGACUGAUGAGGAGAUAAUGGAUAAGAAUGUAUGGUUCUGUGACAAUGUAGAGGUGAUUCAGGAACAAAAUACAGUGAAUAACCACUUAGAACAUAUUUUGAUGCCCAAUGUGUCCAGGGAGAUAUUCAAAGCUGAGGAGCUGUGGCAUCCUCAGUCAGGGUCUAGUGACUCUUUGAUAUCCACAGAGUCACAGAGCUGCCAAAUUAUAAAUCUCAAUGAAAAUAAAGUACAAAUUCCUAUAAGUACUGAGACAUUCACACCAGAAUCAGAGGUUUAUGAAAAUGCUAAAUUAUUUGAAAACAAAAGGCAGAUUGUUAAUAACCUAAAAUUGAAGAACAAGGAGCAGAGAGAGGCUGAAAAGCUAGGUCAUGACACGACUGACACUUCAACUUCUUCCCAGUCCUCUUCGAUUCAUGUCCGUAACAUCUUCUGUAGUGACAUGGGAUCUUCCCAGGUUUCCCAUGUCCAGUUACAGGACAGUGGAAUCAGAAUUGAGAAGCAGCAACAGCCGAGGGUCCCUAAGCAAAACCCAUGGAAUUUCCAUGAUGGCAAUUACCAACCAGAUACAAGAAUAGACCUCCAAGCAGAAAAGUACGGUCAUGAGAACUCAAAAGUAGAUACAUAUACAAUUGAAAAGAGCCACAAGUUUGCGGAGGACAAAAUAUUAAAAGACACUUCCCCAUCUCUGUCGCGGAACAAACAGUGCCAGGGAAACUUUCAGCUUCCUCAAAGUUACCUCAGAAAAAAGAUGAGGCAAUUCAUUCAGUGGCUUGAUAACAAGAGACAAAAUUUUGGGCAGGAACAACUCUUGCAAAAAUUCAAGUUCACAUCUCUCCUUGUGCAUCACCAAGACCCACUUGAAAGCACAUCUACUUCUAUGAACUGUGAGUCUCCAGAAGGUAUUGAGCUCAUGACAGCCAUUGGGGAUAUGCUAGAGCAGAAACUGGCACAGGUGCACACCUCUAAGUCUUCAGUCUUACAUGAGCAGGCACAGGUAGACAGCAAGCAACAUCCCUCCAUUAAUGCAGUUCUCUCUGACCCACAGCAGAGAGCUGGGGAAGCAACCAAACCUUGCAACCGUGAGGCUGUCUCUGUGGGUCAGAGUUGUCUGAGGUAUGUUCAACAGGUCCUAGACAAGUAUAGGCUUCCCUCAACAGUUGUGACCUUUGAGGGUCAAAAACCAUGUCAGAAUCAAGACCCUUCACUGCCCCUGAGAAGGCUUAUGAAUGUGCAAAAGCCCUUCUGCACACAGGAAGCCUGCUCUCUUCCUCCUGUUGCCCUCAACAAUGAUGAAAACUCUGUGUUCAAUGAUUUGAAGCUUCUAUUCCAACAGAAAGCACUUUUACAACGUUUCAAGCAAGGAGACAUUUCCCCGUAG